UAGACAAAAUAAAAGCCAGAGCUCUCUUUCUUCUGUGGGAAAAAAAGCUUACCCCUCUCUGCUUACUUUGUCACCCCAUUUUCAGUAGUACCCUCCUGCAACUCCCAUUCUACUGAGUACCCCUCAAAUCAAUACCAACCCCUCUUUCCUUCCUUGCCCUUGCUGCUCUGUAUCUUUCUAACAUCAACUCAUAUUAAUUUUUACCUUUUCUACUGCAUUAUUCUGGGCUGGCUCUCCCAACCAUGGAAGCUUUUAGCUUGCUCAAAUACUGGAGGGGCGGCGGCGGUGGUGUCGUUGUUGGCGCUAGAGAUUCCGGUGUUAACUCACGCUCCACUACUAUCCUCACUACCGUCGCCCAGAACGCUGUUGAAACCGACGAUGAUGAUGACGAUGACGGUCCCUUUUUUGACUUAGAGUUCGCUGUACCUGACGACGAGGAAGGAGAAGAAGACAGAGAUGAGAAGAAAGUAAUUAAUGGAGACAUUUCUGAGGAGGAUAACGACGACGACGAUGGGGAAGAUACAGACGGGGAGACGGAGUUCAACUUCACUCUCUCUUCUGGUUCUAGCAACGACCGUAUGGAUCAAAAUCUUACACUUUCACCUUCUGAUGAUUUGUUUUUCAAAGGGAGACUUGUGCCUAUCGAGCCCUCCUCCCUGGUUCUCAAUGGCUUAGAGCCUAGUUCGAAGCCUCAGUUCCCUGUUUCUUUCUUGAAAUCAGCCACCAAGUUAAGAGUGUUCAUGUUGGGGUUCAAGAAGUCAAAAAUGAACGCAACGGAGAAAGCCGCCGAGGUUAAUGAAUCUGCUGCUUCUCCUACUCCCAAACAGCAACAACAGAAACAGGAAGAGAAAGAAGAGGAGGCCACCAAACAGAGCAAGUUCUUCACCGUCAAGUUCAAGGUCGAGGAGGUUCCUCUAGUUUCUUUCUUCACUAAAGAGAACAGUAAAAGCGUCAAGUCCUCGCGGAAGGAGAAUAAUACAGAGGAAAAAGCCGCCUCCUCCGCUUCAGAUGAGAAGCGGUUUUCGAAAGAGGUAAUGCAGAGAUACUUGAAGAAGGUGAAGCCUCUUUACAUUCGCGUUUCGAAACGGUACGCAGAGAAACUGAGAUUCUCUGGCCAACUGAGCUUAGGCUCUGGACUGAAAGCAUCUUCUCCUUCUCCGCCGCCGCCUUCCACGGUAUCUUCAGCGCAGAAAUCUUCACCGUCGAAAUCAACGACGUCAGCCGAGAAGAGCCAACCGGAGACUGAAAUUGGAGAAGCGCCUCAAGUGAGCAAUGCGAGAAGCGUGAAACAAGGAAACUUGCCAGCGGGGCUGAGAAUUGUGUGUAAACAUUUAGGGAAAAGUCGUUCAGCGUCUUCUGCGGUGGCGGCGGCUCCUUCAGCUCAGAUAAUGUCAAGGAGGAGAGAUGAUUCGCUGUUGCAGCAGCAGGAUGGGAUCCAGAGCGCCAUUCUGCACUGCAAAAGAUCAUUCAAUGCCUCUAGAGAUUCGGAUUCCUCCAUGCUAUCAAGAUCAGUGAGCGAUCCCUCGCACGAGAAAUCUCUUGAAUUGACGAGGAAAUCUUCAGAUGAAGGAAAAUUUCCGCGCUCUGAGAAUUGAACCAUCCUAAAAUGAAGGGCGGGAAAAUGGGUCUGUUUAAUCAGAGUUGUGUGUGCUUAGAAAUGAUUCUCUCUAGGAAUUAUAUUAUCUUUUAUCAUUUUCUCAGUCCAUGAUUUUCGAUCCUGUUCUGUAAAUGUGUUUAUUUUUAGUUUAGAGGAAUUUUGGUUAGGAUAAGUAAAAGAAGAGAUGUUUGGUGUUUAAGGCAGGAAGCUCAGUACCUGAUUUUUAGUUUACUACUGUCUAUAAAAGCUUCAUCUUUCUACUCCAAAUCUGAAAGAAGUAGAGAAGAAGAAUCCCUGGAUGUUUAUAUCUAUGAAUAAAAAUUUUACAUAAAACAGUAAUUUUCCUGUUCAA